UGAAAAUCCAGACUCAAAACCAAGUAAAAAUCUCACCUUCUCAACCCAUCAAAGCCAAACUCUCAAAACUAACAAAAUCGUAAUUCAGUAGUUCAUAAUCUCUUCAUCUUUUAGUCUAUUGCUUGGGAAGAAGGAGAGUACUAAAUGGAGGUGAAGGAAGUGCUUUACAUGAACAAAGGAGAUGGCGAAAACAGCUACCAUCAGAACUCUUCAUUUACACAAAAACUUGCGGGUCUGUCCAAGCCUGCACUACAGAACACAGUUCAGUCUCUAUUCUCCAAAGAUGUCCUCCCUUACCAAGUUCUGAACGUAGCGGAUUUGGGUUGUUCUUCCACACCAACCACAUUUUCUGUGAUUGAAACUGUGAUAGAGAGUGUGAAAAGAAAAUGCAAGGAAUUGAAUUAUCAAAUUCCAGAGUUUCAAUAUUACUUGAAUGAUCUAGCAGGAAAUGACUUUAACACACUCUUCAAAGGUUUGUUAAAGUUCACUGAAAAACAUAAUGAUCUGCAUUGCUUUGUCAUGGGCACUCCUGGCUCUUUCCAUGGCCGCCUUUUCCCCGCAAACACCAUGCAUCUCAUCUAUUCCUCCUACGCCGUCAGUUGGCUUUCUAAGGUACCAAGACUUACAGACAUAGAAGGGUUGCCAUUGAACAAGGGAAAGAUUUACAUAUCAGAUACGAGCUCUCAGGCAGUAAAAGAAGCAUAUCUUGCUCAAUUUCAAGUAGACUUCGGCUUGUUUCUCAAGUCACGCUCUCAAGAAAUGAUACACGAUGGUCGUGUUUUCCUGAUAUUCCAUGGGAGACUAUCUGCAGAACACUCAACCACAGACACUUGUUUCUGUUGGGAACCUUUAUCUAAGGCCAUAGCUGAUUUGGUUUCUCUGGGACUGAUUUCUGAAGAAAAGUUGGACUCUUUUGACGUACCAGAUUAUGUGCCAUCUAUAGAAGAAGUGAAAGAUAUAGUGAACAGAGAGGGAUCCUUUGAAAUUGAGCUCCUGGAGACAUUCCCAAUUGAGAUGGGAGACAAAGAAAUAUGGAUUAACGGGGAAAAACUUGCUAAAGACACUAGAUGUCUCACAGAAUCCCUGGUUUCAAACCACUUUGGAGAGGAAAUACUUGACAAAUUGUAUGACAAGCUCUCUGAUGUAAUAGUUAAGGAUUUGGCUACAUGUACAGAACAAAUCAAGGUCACAAACUUUGUUCUUGUAUUGAGGCGAAUGUAAGCUAAACUUAUCAUUUGUAAUAAAAUAAACUAAAUAAAGUGGAAGCAGAAGACAAAUGACGAUAAGUGAUAAACACUUUUUAACUAUUCCUGUUACGAUCAAGACAGAGCAAUAUAAAAUAAGUGGUUAGGUCUAUGA